CCGCCCUUGCCUCCUCCCCUCAUCCGCGCCGCUCGCCGCGAUGGACGAAUACGCGGCAGUGCGCGUUUGCAAAUGGUUCCAAUGCUCAAUGCGCUUUGACUCGCUUGAUGACCUUCGCGAUCAUGUCGUUCAAGCCCAUGUCCGCACCGCGCAACCCCUUCCGCGCCGGGACGUCGCUCUAUAUCGGCGCAUCGAAGAAGGCAUGGUGCGCAGCCUCAGCCUGAAUGACCCCGAGACCUAUGAGAGCAACCCGCAUGCUCUCAAGAGGCGGCGCGUGGAGAAAGAGGACUUAGAGCCGUGGCAGUAUGUCAAUCCGGCGGAUACCCUCCCUUCCCCAACCUCCGAACGGCUGGAGUAUCCGGAUGAGGAUGAGCAGGACAUUGAGGACGCGGUGAUGGAGGAGGGUCGUGCAUCCCCUGAGCGUCAGGAGCUAUCGUACCCAUCGGAAGGGGAACGCUCCCCGAGUCCCCCUCCAGCAGCACCCGCGGUGCCUCCCAACAUCAACCUUCUUGUGCCACCCAGGCGUACGUUUGCAUCUCUAUCGUCCCCGACGUCGUCGCAGGGCUCGAUCUCUCCGUUCCCCAACUCGCCCUCCAUCGAGGAGCAGAUAGCGCGGCACAGGGAGAAGAAGGCUGCGAAGAACCUCCCCACGAGUAUGGAGGCGCGACAUUCAACAGCGUCGCAGUCGUCCUCCUCGUCGCGGGAGGCAGUGGAGACGCAACUUACGGCUACGCUCGACUGGGACGCUCAGUCGGAUAGCAUGAGCAUCCAGCAACGACAGCCCUCGCAGUCAGAAUCCGUGCAACAGGAAUCGCAGACCUUGGACUCGCAACAUACAACCAAACCGUCUCAGGCUUUCGAUGCCACCCAGAUGCAGGACGCAUAUGCGCACGAGCUGGCGUGGUCGCAGGCUCCUGCACCUGACGAUCCCGCAUCCGCGUCAGCUACUCAGACCACAGGCACUGAAGCUCCGGAAACCCAGGGAUCACUACCAGACACCCAAGAGCAGCUUGCGUAUCCGCCCGACGAACCCUCCACCUCUCAACCAAUCGCGCAAUCCCUCUCCGUCUCGCCGACCCACACUUCAUCCCCCAUGUCCGCAAACGCUUCGAGCGUCCAGUAUAGCUUCGUCACCCCAAGCCAAUCGUGGUAUCAUAUACCCCGCAAGCGGAAGGUGUCUGGCAAGCGGAAGAGGCAAUCCAUCGACGAUAGGUCGAGGUCGGGGUCGAUGCCGCAGGAGGAGAGCGAGGAGUCUAACAAGCCCGCGCCUACUAGUCCUUCGGCGUUAUCGUCCAAGUUGACUGGAGGCGGGGCCUCUGUCCAGAAUUCCACCCCCUCGUUGCCACAAAAGACCCCAGCAUCUGCAACCGCGCCCCCUCCUGUUCCCGAACCUAGCCAGUUCCGCGACAAGACUAUAGCAUCAGCAAAAGCGCCACCAAGGGAUUUACUGUCGAAAGUCCUGACAUCCUCACAAUCACCAGCGACACCUCAAAAGGCCCGCACAUCCCGACCACCAUCGGUACGGUCCUCGACGCCGAAGCGGUUCACCCCACGGCCGUCGACGCCGAGGGACGAGCAAAGCCUUCCACCCCUUCCCUCCUCCGACGAGGAUGACUCGCCACCUCCAUUGCCUCGGCCGCCCCGACGGGAUCCUGCCCAUCAGCCCCCUCGGCCGAUCUCUAUCUCUCCGUCACCAUCUCCACGGACCUCUUUAUCUCCUCCGCCUUCGCGACAUAUUGCUUCUCCACCACCUUGCCAGUCCACUGUCGCGCGCGCCUCUGACAACAAGUUCGUCUCUUGCGCAAUGAGCAUCUUCCCGGAUGGCGAUCCCUACGUAUCGACGCACGCACCUGCCGCCUCAGAAGCACCCCACUACACCAUAGUCGACGACGACGAUCCAGAGCGGUACAUCGGGGGCGAGGACCCAGACGAGUAUGAAGAGGAGUACGAGGAAGACGGCGGUGCGGAACGGGAGCAGGACGACAGCUACGGCGACGAGGAGGAAGAAGGCGACUCUUUUGAGCGGCAGGGAGGCAGUAUCGAGGACUACAUCGACGUCGACGCCCUUGAAGAGCUGUCCUACCCGGACUCGUAUCCGCCGUUGCAAACGCAAGCUCCGUAUCAGAGUCAGAGCCAGUCGUACAGUCAGUACUAUUGAUAAUGCGGCUGCUCGCCUGAGUGUAGGUGGAGGGUCGUUCCUUCAAUUGAUGUAUGCUUUGGGACUUUUC